GUCGAGCCAGUUCAACGUUCAAGUGCAGCGCGGACGCACAUCCGAAGCGAUCGUGCCGGUGCGCGGGUGCGCGCACGCAGAUGACCCAUGCCGCGUCCUAUAUUCGAAUUUCGAACGAUUCUAUGAAUACAAACUGUUACACAAUAUUUGAAAAUAAAUAAGGAACAGACUAUUAUUGAGUGUGUGGUGUUUGUACACGUUGUUUUAUACGGUUCGUCUUGAACGUGGUUAGCUGUUUUGGGGUCGAAUAAGAAGGUCAAAACAUGUAACCGUCGAAUGGACUCAUUUAAUAAGAACUCUAUCGAGCGGGUUGUGAUUAGUGAUAGAUCAGUGUUGUGAAGCACCAUGCACACCAUGGACACGAUGGGCUACGGCCACAAGAAGUACCGGCCGCCGCUGUCGCCCACCAACUUCUACCAGCACGACUACUACUCGAGGCAUACCACGCUUCGCCCACAGAGUGAAUACCGGUUUGCUGGUGGUGGAUAUCCCCAUACGAGUACAGAGAGCAGUCGCAGCGGCGGUCUGUGUUCUGCUGCCCUGAUAGGCGGCGCGCUGUUAGCAGCUGUUGCUGUUCUGGCGGUGGCGGCACUUGCAUUUUAUAUGGGAGCGUUGAGGCCCGAUAAUGGCGAACCGAUGAUGGCCUUUGAGGGUACCCUGAGGGUGACUCGAGGUGAUGUGUAUGGUGGAGCGCCAGGGAGUCCUGCGUGGAAGGAGCGAGCGCGGCGGUACGGAGCCUCCUUGCGCCAGGUGUAUAUGCAAGGAGCAUCACCAUUACGACAAGCUUUCACUGGUGUCCUUGUGACUGGCUUUGGCGACAGGAGGCUAGAUGUACAUUUUAGAUUAUACCUUGACAGGAGAAAAAUACCUAAUUCCGUGUCAAAUAUUGAAGAAACCCUUAAGAAUGUUUUGAUUCACGAUAUAAAUUCAAAACAAUCUGCGUUUGGACAAAUAAAAAUAGACCCUUCUAGUAUAAUCAUUAAGAGAGAUCUAGAACAUACAUAUCAUUCUGAAUCUUAUGUUAAAGAAGCUCUAAAUGAAAGUAUGGCAACAAAUCAUCAGAAAUCCCUAACACCACAAGCCGGGAAAGAUAAAACACUACAAACAAGAGUAGGCGUCGUCCGAAAAACUACCGUGAAACCAAGCCAGGGCAUAAAGAGAAAAGAUCCAGAUGAGCCAGAUAUUGACACUGAAAACAUUCCGGUUGUUCAAGGCACAUUCCAAAUAACUAAAACUGAGGCUGACAUAACGGAAAAUAAACACAAUGCUAGUCCCCCACGCCAAGAGGAUAAGUCAAGUCAUAAAACGCAGGUUACAAAGGCACCUACUAUUAAAUCAACCACAACUACUAAAACUCCAACAACGAAAAGUUUUACUAAAGCGACGACAACGAAAAGAGUUCCUACUAGCACACCAAAGACGAGACCCUUUACUAUUACAUCUACACUUAAUGUUAAAACAAGAACAGAACCUACAGUUAAAAAAGAUAUGGAUAAAACAACCAGAAAACCCAACUCAACCCAAAAGACAGUCGCAUCUACUACCACCGCAUCAACUACUAUAAGUACUAUGCAAACAACAACAAGCAACGUUUCACAAAUUUUAUUAGAUUUGUUAACCAACGUUAAUCAUUUUAAAGAAUUACCUAAGAUUGAUACAUUGUUUACUGUACCACACGUAGUAGAUAAUGAGCCAUGGCGACCAAUAACUCAGCCAUAUUACGAAACACCAACUAAAGCAACGCCAGUUAUUGAUACUAGUGACGCCAAUGCCGAGGACAGAAUGGGGGUUGCAGAAGUCGUAGAUGAUGUAUCUAUAUUAGAAAGCAUUCUUAGUCCAAUUCCGCCUGUGCACCAUAGAGAAAUUACUACUCCGCGCCCAGUAGACAUUCAUAACGUAGAUCCAAAUUUGGCUGCAGAUAUCUACGUGCCGGGUCCUAUUUACACUAGUUUUUCUAAUCCAACAUUUGCUCCGCCUCUAAAAGACAUGGAAACAUUGGGUUCACACUAUCCCAAACCUCACCCUAUACCUGUAGAUAAAAUAAGUAGUGUUGUAGAAGCUUUUGAAGAACCUGAUACAGAUGAAGACGAUGGCAAACCCAUGGAGAGACCGCCAAAGGAGAAAGUAACAUCUGUUUCAUUGAAUGUAAUGCAGUUAGAUCAACGAGAAAACGACACGCACAAAGUUACUGUGCAAGGAGGCUCUAUUUUAAAGAAACAAAAUUCUUCAACAACUAGUACUACUACCGAAGCCACAACAAGCACAACAACUGUUAUUUCAAGCACAUUAAGUACGUCUAAUCCAACAAAACCUGUGGGAAAUAUUACAUUCGAGAAUACUUCUACCACUAUAACAAGCCCUUUACCAGUUAUUGAUACAACUACAUCGAAAACUGAGGAAAAGCAAUACCUAGAGAUUAAUAAAGAAAGUUCUACAAGGCGUCCUAAUAAUAAAGUAUCCAUUAUACCAAGUACAAGUACACCUCACCAUACUUGGGAACUUGUAAACACAUCUACAAACGAUAAUGAUACCGUGAAUAAAAGCACUCCCGAAAAAUACUAUAAUGAUACCUUGCAGGCAAUAAUAACCAGAAAUGAUGCCGUAUUUCCUAACACAACACCAAAAUUUCCUGGCAAGGUAUCAAUUUUGAAAAAUUUAACAGAUAUGAUUAAAAAAUACUCACAGAGCACUUCAGAAAAACCAGAACGAAAUUUAGAGGAAACAGAUGCAGACGACUAUGACAGUCAUAACAUUAGUGGUUUUGUAGAGGUAGUUCCUGAUGAUGAAAUAGAAAUAACAACUGCGAAUGUAAUUACAUUGUUACCAGCUAAAUCUAAUUUAGGUGUUAACCGUCCUUUAAGACCUAGGCCUCAGAUUAAAUCAGAAUCUCAGACCAGUAAAGAAAACUUACGUAGCUUUUUUCGUAACGAACCAGAAGCCCAAAAACUUAUAAGUGAUUUUAGUACGGAAGAUGAUAUACACACUCUUGAUUUAAAAGACGAAGCCACCGACAAUAUUGAAUACAUAUCACCACCUGACUAUGAAACUAAAAACAGUGACGAUUACAUCUCCCCUGAAUCUGAAAAUUUUAAAGUAAUUCAGACAACUGAUUAUUCUCCCAGUGGUAAUAGAUUUCCUAAAUCUAGUGAUGAUUUACGUGUUCCAGACGAUAUGAAGAACGUUAAUGCUCCUGAAGGAACUUAUAGAGUCUCAUAUCACGUAACGGGCAGCGUGAGUAGUAAGCAAGCAAAUAAAACUUUGAAUUUACCUGCCUAUGAACUUGCCCUGGAACCUGACAUCGUUUUGGAGAUACCUUACAAUCAAACGAAUACUCUAACUAUAGAUAAAUUAAGACAACUUGCUAAUCUUGCUACUAUAUCAGAUUCUAAUAACAAUACGUUAUUUCGCACGCCCGGAGGAGUAAUAUCAACCAAAGCUAUACCAUCUAGUUACACGUUAAAUCAGGCUGGAUUUAAGAUCUUGACAAAAACAUUUAACAAAGUUCAAUCAACGAAACAUGAUGAUAACAGUCUUGAUAAACCCGAAAAAACGCAUAAUAAACCGCACAAGUUGCAAAAAGAAAGCGAAGAGGCAACAACUCUAGAAGACGAAUGUAACAGCACAAAUACAUCGUUUCGUUGCGCUAAUGGACUAUGUUUGCCACUCACUUCGCGCUGCAACCGUUUACUAGAUUGUCCUGGUGGUGAGGACGAACGGUCUUGUUCUUGUGCAGAUUACCUGCGAGCAGAUUUUGCUCAGUCAAAAAUUUGCGAUGGAAUUGUCGAUUGCUGGGACUAUUCCGAUGAACACAAAUGCGAUUGGUGUAAAGAAGGUCAGUAUGUAUGUGCAAACGCUCGCCAAUGCAUAGACAUUGGUCGCGUUUGCGAUGGAAAUCCUGAUUGCCCGCUAGGCGACGACGAAAAAAGUUGCGUCACUUUAGCGGACGAACUUAACGACAACGAAGUAAUUCCAUACAAUGAGGAAGGUUACGUCAUGGUACGUAAGCGUGGUGUGUGGGGCAGGCUGUGUGUGGAGAGUUUUGCGGACGUCGUGGAGCAAGCGCAUAGCUCCUUAAAAUUACCGGACCUCGGCCGAGCCGUCUGCCGCGCCAUGACUUUCCAAGAUGCAGGAUGGGCGCGAGAGGCGCGCGAGGGUCGGCGCUCGAGCGCGCACGGGUACUGGGAGGUGUGGCACAACGCGGCCGCGCGAGCCGCCGAUACGCGGCUCACUUUCCGUCGUGCUGCCUGCAAGCGCCGCCGCGCUCUGCGCGUGCGCUGCACACACCUCGAUUGCGGUAUCAGGCCGCACGCUGACGCGCAACAACCACGGGUUAUGUCUGAAUGGGUGCGUCGGAGCAGGGUGGUCGGCGGCGACGCGGCGGCGGCUGGCGCGUGGCCCUGGCAGGCCGCGCUCUAUCGCGACGGAGACUUCCAGUGCGGCGCCACUCUCAUUCACGCACAAUGGCUGCUCUCCGCUAGCCAUUGCUUUUACCAAGCGACGGAGGCGCACUGGGUGGCGCGGCUGGGCGCGCUGCGGCGCGGCGCGUGGCCGCGCGGGCCGUGGGAGCGGGCGGCGCGCGUGCGGCAGGUGGUGACGCACCCGCGGUACGCGCCGCGCGGCUUCCGCAACGACAUCGCGCUGCUGCGGCUCGACCCGGCGCCGCUGCACGCGCGCCUGCGCCCCGCCUGCCUGCCGCCCGCGCGACUCGCGCCGCCCGCCGGACAACACUGCACCGUGCUGGGCUGGGGACAACUCUACGAGCACGAACGCGUCUUCCCCGACACAUUGCAAGAGGUGGAGCUGCCGGUGAUCUCCAGCGCGGAGUGUCGGCGCCGCACGCGGUUGCUGCCGCUGUACCGCGUCACCGACGACAUGUUCUGCGCGGGCUACGAGCACGGCGGACGAGACGCCUGUCUCGGCGAUUCCGGCGGGCCGCUUAUGUGUCAAGAAUCCGGCCGGUGGUACAUUUACGGAGUAACGAGCAACGGGUACGGGUGCGCGCGAGCCAACCGGCCCGGCGUCUACACUAAGGUGUCAAACUACAUCGAAUGGAUCGACUCCGUGAUCGCCACAUACACGCCGGCACAAAAUGACACCGACACCUCCGGCGAAUACGUCUCUAACGAAGACUUCUACGCGGAUUUAGUGGCGGCAGAAAACAGGAGAUCGUCUCGAAUCGACUUGUGUAAAGGAUACAGAUGUCCCCUCGGCGAGUGUCUCCCCGCGUCGAGCGUGUGCAACGGCUUUCUAGAAUGUUCGGACGGCAGCGACGAGUGGCAGUGCGACAAGCCCGCGGCGAACAACUCUAGCAUAGACCCAGACUAACAUGACAUUGAUUAGUUACUUGUAAGCCAGUACUUAUGUAGUAAAUUCUGUUUGACUGAUAAUUUGUAAGUAUACAAGUAGUGUAAGUUAAUAUCUGUCCGUUAUUCGUUUCUUGUUUGGUUACAAUAAGCCAUAUUACAUUUCUCGGGCUUUGUAAAUAUAGAUUGUUAAUGCCACCCGCCCUUUACUGUUAACGAUUACACGAUAACUGCGACUUAUUUAUUACAAAUUCAUGGAGACCCUUUUCCGUUUGAAUUAUGUGAACCGCGUUCAAAUGGACGACGUGAGCCAUGUAUAAAUAAAAUAUUUAUCAUGUA